GGAGACAUUUAACUGAAACAUUGGGAAUUCAUGAAAACAGCGUCUCUCAUAUGAAAUGUUAUCAACAGUGGGUAGAAACUGAAAUAAGAUUAAAAACUGGAAAAACUAUAGAUAAUGAAGAAAUUAAAAUUAUAGAAAAAGACAGUUUGCAAGAGCAAAAUGUUCUUCUUCGGCUGAUGAAUAUCACUCUUUACCUAGCUAAAAAUAAUAUGGCUUUUCGAGGGAAUUCGGAUAAACUGUUUACGCCUCAAAACGGCAAAUUCUUAAAACUAAUACAGAUGCUUACAAAAUUUGAUCCUGUGAUGCAAAAGCAUUUAGCACUUGCAAUAAAAGGUGACACUUCAGACCAUUAUUGCGGGAAAAAUAUCAAAAUGACUUCAGUGAGCCGAUGGAAAAUUUUAAUUGAUCAUGUUAAAAUUUUGCAUUUAAAGAAACUCUGUGACACGCGGUGGGAAGCAAAAUUAAGUAGUGUUAAAGCCGUUCGUUAUCAAGUUGGUGAUGUACAUGACGCUUUGAUAGCAUUGUCAGAAAUUGAAGGAUGUAAUCCUGAAACUGCACAUAAAGCGAUAACUCUAGGAGAGCAAUUAAAAGAUUUUAGCUUUCUUGUCUCUUUAAUUGUCUGGUAUGACGUUCUUUUUCAAGUCAAUAUUGUUAGUAAAACUCUUCAAGAAAAAGACAUGGACAUCACUCAAUGUGCAAAGUUAUUGAAAAGCUGUUGUUCAUUUUUAGAAAACUAUAGAAAAUGUGGCUUUAAAGAUGCAAUUAUAAAAGCAAAGGAUUUGGCUAUAGAAUUACAAGUGGAGCCUGUUUUUAAACCACUUAAAAGAAUAAUACGAGUGAAACGCCAUUUUGACGAACCAGCCCAAGAUGGGAUUUAUUUAUUUUCUCCUGAAAAAAAAUUAGAAAUCGAUUUCUUCAAUCCUCUUUUAGACACAUCUUUAAUUUCAAUGAGAGAAAGAUUUAUACAGUUGGAGAAUUAUUCCGAAGUUUGGGGUUUUUUGUAUAAUGUCGAUAGUUUGCAAAAAAGAGAAGAAAUUCUAAAAUCAUGUUUAGCUCUUCAAUAACUUACCGUAAAUCUAAAAUCGGACAUUAAUGGUAUUCUCCUUUGCGAUGAACUGAUGAGCAUUAAACCUUUUCUUUCUGAAAUGUUCAAGGAUAAAAUUACUCCUAUUAUUGUUUUAAACUUUAUAAAACAGCACAAAAUGCAAGAUUUGUAUCCAAACACAUGGAUUGCAAUGCGAAUUUUGCUAACAAUACCUGUCAGUGUAGCGAGUGGAGAAAGAAGCUUUUUCAAAAUGAAACUAAUAAAAACCUAUCUGCGGUCAACGUCGCAGGAUAGACUUUCAAGUUUAGGAACCCUAUCGAUUGAAAAGAAUAUUGCUGAAAAUCUUGAUUUUUCAACCCUAAUCAAAGAUUUUGGUGAUAAGAAGGCUCGUAAGAUUAAUUUAAAAAAUGUUGUAUUCAGCGAUGAAUCUACCUUUGAGACUUUGGAAGACAAAGCAAUAUUUGUGCGCCGCAGACCAGAAGAACUACACAAAUCAGAAUGCAUUGUAAACACUGUAAAGCACCCAGCAUUUAUAAUGAUACGAGAGUGGUUUCCAAAUGGUGAAAAAAUAAUUUUUAUGCAAGAUGGUGCUCCAUGCCUUACUGCAAAAUCCAUAAAGACAUUCCUUGCUAAUGAGAGUAUCCAGCUUCUUGAUUGGCCUGGCAAUUCUCCAGAUAUGAACCCUAUUGAAAUCUAUGGGAGCCUGUCAAACGCAAAGUCAGUCUUGACAUAG